GGAGCCAUAAAGGAGGGUCCACACACACAGACAUACUCGCACACAUGCACACACACCCGUCUGGAAGGAAUUAGACAGCUGAAACAGCGGCAGAGAGACUUCUGUGCGCUCUGUGUAACCUGGAUGCUCGGAGGAAACUCUAGAAAAACUUACCUUAACGCCCCUUAAGACAGGAAGAAUACAAAAAAAGCUCUGGCUCAUAUUUUAUUGUUUGCUGAAACUUUUUUGUUUUUUUUAAAAAACUUUUGAAUGUGACUGAAGCUGCCAAAGUUGAUGCUUUAUCUUAAUUUUUUUUUUCGUUUUAUUAAGAAUGAAUGAAACAGGCGUUGAUGGAGAAGAAUAUUUAUCAUAUUUUUAUAGUCUAUGUUUUAUUUAUACUUUUUUAUAUGAAUGAUGCCAAAGCUGACUGAUAUGAUGUUUGGUUUUGGACACCAGAGAUGCAAGUGACUUGGAAAGGCUGCAGACAAACCGUUAGAAGUUAGAGAAGACAAGCAAUCCCGGUUGUCUUUUUGAAGGAUCCAAACUGAGCACACAUACAAAGGACUGGCACGACUUUUUUUUAUUAUUCUUUUUCCCCCUUUAAAAAACAAACAAACAAACAAACAAAAAUAGGCUUAUGAGGACCAUUUUAAGCGGAUUCAUGAGAGUCGUCGCUGCUCAAGCUCUGUGUCUACUUUUUUCCUCUGUGGAUCGGGACCAGAGUCCCAGAAGUUAGACGCAUCCUUUCUCAGGAGGAAUCAGAGGACAACAGCUGCUUCAAGAUGAAGUGUAAAAGAGCCCUCACUUACCUGAGGAUAUUUGGGACCACCAUGUUCGGCGUGUCUCUCCUGGUGGGCAUCUCGACAGCCUAUAUCAUGGGCUACCAAUUUUUCACUACAGCUCAAAAUCACCUAUCUUUUGGGCUGUAUGGUGCCAUUUUGGUUGUUCACCUUAUUAUCCAGACCCUCUUUGCACUCCUAGAACACCGUAACAUGCGGCGCUCCUUAGAAACACCAAUUAAACUGAACAAGUCCUUGGCAUUGUGCAUCGCUGCAUAUCAGGAGGAUGAAAACUACCUAAGAAAAUGCCUUGUGUCAGUGAAGAGGCUGACAUAUCCUGGUAUCAAAGUUAUCAUGGUGAUCGAUGGAAAUUCAGACGACGACUUGUACAUGAUGGAGAUUUUUAAGGAGGUCAUGGGAUCGGACAGAUCAGCCACGUACGUGUGGAGGAGUAAUUAUCACAGCAGAGGACCCGAGGAGACAGAUGAGAGCUACGCUGAGAGCCUUCAGCAGGUGUCCAGGGUUGUGCUGAACAGCAAAUGUGUGUGCAUCAUGCAGAAGUGGGGAGGGAAGAGAGAGGUCAUGUAUACAGCCUUCAAAGCACUGGGAAGGAGCGUGGAUUAUGUGCAGGUGUGUGACUCUGACACCAUGCUGGACCCAGCAUCAUCAGUGGAGAUGGUUAAGGUUUUGGAGGAAGACCCUAUGGUGGGAGGAGUUGGAGGAGAUGUACAGAUCCUAAAUAAAUAUGAGUCGUGGAUCUCCUUCCUGAGCAGUGUUCGGUACUGGAUGGCUUUCAACAUUGAGCGGGCUUGCCAGUCCUACUUCGGCUGCGUUCAAUGCAUUAGCGGGCCUUUAGGAAUGUACCGGAACUCUCUCCUGCAUGAGUUUCUUGAGGACUGGUACAAUCAGACCUUCAUGGGAUCCCACUGCAGUUUUGGGGAUGACCGUCAUCUCACGAACAGAGUUCUCAGCCUCGGGUAUGCAACAAAAUACACUGCACGGUCAAAGUGCCUUACAGAGACACCAAUUACAUAUCUGCGGUGGCUCAAUCAACAGACACGAUGGAGCAAGUCAUAUUUCAGAGAAUGGCUGUACAACUCCAUGUGGUUCCACAAACACCAUCUCUGGAUGACUUAUGAGGCUGUGAUCACUGGCUUCUUCCCAUUUUUCCUCAUCGCCACAGCGAUCCAACUCUUUUACCAAGGAAGGCUCUGGAAUAUUCUUUUGUUUCUACUCAUUGUGCAAGCAGUGGCGCUGAUUAAGUCAUCAUUUGCCAGCUGCCUCAGAGGUAACAUUGUCAUGGUGUUCAUGUCAUUUUAUUCUGUACUGUAUAUGUCAAGCCUGUUGCCAGCGAAAAUGUUUGCAAUAGCAACAAUCAACAAGUCUGGAUGGGGGACUUCUGGGAGGAAAACAAUCGUGGUGAACUUUAUCGGUCUGAUUCCAAUAUCAGUAUGGUUCACUAUCCUUUUCAUUGGAAUUUUAUACACAGUAGUACAACAGACUAGAAAACCCUUCCCCGACUCAGAAAAGAUUGUUUUGAUAAUAGGGGCAGUGGUCUAUGCAAGUUACUGGGUUAUACUGUUGACAUUAUAUACAGUGCUCAUAAAUAAAUGUGGGAAAAGGAAGAAGGAAACACACUAUGAUAUGGUGCUGGAUGUGUGACUUACAGACUACAAUCAUGAUUUCCCAAUGAAACCGGGGGUUUCUCUCACACAUCAUCUUGUUGUUAUACAAAUGUAUUUUAGCUGUAGAGCAGCUCUGGAGGCAAAGUGAGGUCAACUAAAAUGGACAAAGAAAUAGAAAUAUUUUCUAGACUAAAUGCUAGUGGCUGUGACCAUAGCAUCCAGGAUCCUUGUACAUCCUCAAGCUAGCCAUUUGACAUACUCAAAUAAGGUUUAGCUGAAGAUCAAUUGGUUUAGGCUGAUUAGCUAAUUUGGAUAACUCAGAAUGGCAAGAUUGUGUUUAUUGCAUUUGGCAGCAAGAGCGCUAGGCUUUAUAAUUUUAGCUACCUCUUACCCUUGUCAUUUUCACUGGGCUUCAUCUAAUAUUAGCAACUAAGCCAAUAAAACUGGAUUCUUAGAUGGGAUUUAACUUGUCCAGUAAGAAUAUUUUCCCUCCAGAGCACUCUCUCCAGUAAAUGUGUUUUUUUCUCACUUAAACUAAAGAACAAGUUUUGUGUUGCCUCCGUCAAAUGAAAGCCUAAAGACUGCCCGAUUGUCUCCAGUCUCAAAUGACUGAACAACAUUGACAAAAAUCUACAUUAAUAGUGAUAAAAGGUAUUGGUAGAGGCUAUCACCAGGGCUAUAUAAUUAGUGUAAUUGUACCACAUACACAGUGUCUAGUCUGUGUAGAUCUCAUAAAUAGAUAGGGGUGAUCUAUUUUACCACUUCAAAACUUACAAAUCCACCUAAAGUUAUUUCACUCAAGUUUUUUUUUUUUAUUGCCACAUGUUCAAGUUAAGUGUACCUUUUCAGUGUUUUAAUCUGUUUUGGAAAGAGCUACAGUAUCAAUUUAUGAAGCCAGAAGGAGUGUAGAAAGGGCUUUGAAAUGGAAAGCGGCUUUCUUUCUUUCAAUGCUCUCAUGUCAUAUGGGAAAGAUGCAAACUUCCUUGUGCUCUUCACCUGUUACGGUUUAAGGGAGCAAAUAUAACAUCUGGAAUUGCCGAAAGAAUCAGAUAGCCAGACUACUUUGAUUCUUAUGUCAGCAACAAGAAAGCACUUGGUUGGAAAAAGGUUGGGUUGGAAUAUAACCAAUGGACUGGCUGUUUAAUGUAUGCUCAAUGUGAAAACAUAUCAUCACCUAAUGUUGUGGUAUAUUUAUUAUUAUUCCCAUGUGACAUGACUGCAGUAUUUUUAGUUUACAAAGUGAAACUGAUCACUGACCAGCAGAAUUUAUAUCUGUCUGAUCAGGCGACCAGGUGAUGACCACAAGAGAGAGAUGACGUAUCAUUGCUGCUGUGACUGUUUUACUUUUACAGAAACAGUGACUUUUGUUUUUUCGUCUUUUAACAAGGUUUAUUUUAGAUGUAUGUUGCAAAAGUGGCUAAAACACUAUUAUUGUUGUCUUUCUACCAGUAUGAAUUUUAACCACCAAGCAAACAAGAUGGACAAGUUCCAGCCCAAAGAUUUUGUGACAUAAGGAUAAAGUGGUUACAUCUCUAAGCUGCCUUGCAUUCUGUUCACUAGCAAGGGAAAAAGUAGAUGUGAGAUUAUGUUAGUGUCUACUGGGAAUAGUACUACCUGAUCAUAGGAAUGUGAAUAAGGGCAGUUGAUAGUAGGAAGCAAUAUUUUGGAAUAAGUCCAGUGUUUGCUAUAGACCAGAAGCAGACAUGAAUUUACAGUCAUGUGAAAAUGUAAGUAUGUCAGAUUAAUAUUGUUGUUAUUAUUAUUUGACAAGCAACCACUUGAUCUUCUUUGAAAAGGUGGUAAAGUUCAAUAACACUACAAAGGAAAGUUACUUUUUCAACAGGAAUGUCAAUGUUUAAUAUCUUUUUAAGGAAAAAGCAUUUCCUUUCACAUUCACUUGCCACUCUUAUACCACUCUUACAUGAAAAAAAAAAUCCUCAACGUUUUGUCAGAAUUACAAAGAUAUUAAAUGUUUGCUUGUUCAAAUACAUUAAAAAAGGCAACAGUUUUCAUGGGAUGUACUUACUUUUUUUGACCAUAAUUCAUAUGCACUUUUACGUCUCUCUCAUUCUGCGUGAUGCUUGACAUAAUGAAGAUUAAAUACCUCAGUGGUUCUCUUUGCAUUGCAUCAAGGUGUCAGAGUGCUCUCCAAAGACUGAUGCAUUCUGAUGGUUUCACGUAAUUUAUGAUCUGUUUGUGAUAUGAUGGGCUCCUUUUUAUACACAGUACCUUAUUGAGGCAAAGCUGGAUUUUUUUAUGCCGUGUCAGCCCUUUGCUGUAGCCGUGUACUUAUUUUACUAUGUAUUUCAAUGCAUUUUUAUAUAUAGACAUUUCCAUUCUAUUUUUGCUUAGCUACCAAAGAUUCUUUAUUUUCAUUCAUUUUUGUAAGAAAAAAAAUGAAAAAAUGUAUUUGUGUGCUUUCAACUGUUCUGACAAUGACUUGUAUAUCUGACCAAAUAAUGUGAAAUUUUGAGCUGGGGGGAGGUUCUGCAAUAGCAACAAUUUUAAAAAAAUGCAAUCUGUAGGGAUAAGUUAUUGAUUUCGAGAAAAGUGGUGAACCUUUGUUUUUUUUUUACUUUGUACUUAGAUAGAAUGCAAAAUAUUUAUUGAAGGCUGUUCUGUGGUUUGUAGGAUUUUGUACUUAGAUGUUUUCUGGUAUCCAUCCAACUCUGAUUGCUCCAUAUGUCCACACAGGAAAAGCAAAUACAUCCUGACAAAUUUCUGGUUAACACAGAUCAUAUGCAAACCUAACUGAUUUGAAGUAUUUAAAGAAUAUAAAGCAAUGCCUUCUCUACAAUAAGCAAUAAAGCCAAGCAGUCUGAGAACUUUCAUCCAAAAUCAUUUCAAAACCAUUUGCACAAAUUUUUUAUUUUAAGGUUAUGACGUGCCUUACAGAAUGAUGACAAAUGAAAUAUCAAGUGGCAUUUUUACACAAUUUUAAAGUUCGCAUUUUUUUUCCAAUGUGUAUUGAAUGAGACUGACAGUUAACCUACAAAAAUGUUUUCAUGUCAAACUAGUCAUGGGCAGUGUUAUCGUAAAGCACUUUUGUGUCGUGCCAAAUAAAAAAAACUAUUCUUUUCA